CGGGGCGAGGGGCAGGCGGGCCGGGGAAGGCAAGAUGGCGGUGCAGGCGGUGCACCUGGAGGCGGACGCGUUCCUGGUGUGCCUGAACCACGCGCUGAGCACCGAGAAGGAGGAGGUCAUGGGGCUCUGCAUCGGAGAGGUUGACACCAGCCGAAUCGUCCACAUCCAUUCUGUGAUAAUCCUGCGCCGCUCUGACAAGAGGAAAGACCGUGUGGAGAUCUCACCAGAGCAGCUUUCAGCUGCUUCCACUGAAGCAGAGAGGUUGGCUGAGAUGACAGGACGUCCCAUGAGGGUGGUGGGCUGGUACCACUCCCACCCCCACAUCACUGUGUGGCCGUCACACGUCGAUGUCCGCACACAGGCCAUGUAUCAGAUGAUGGACCAAGGAUUUGUAGGGCUGAUCUUUUCCUGCUUCAUUGAGGACAAGAACACCAAGACAGGCAGAAUUCUCUAUACCUGUUUCCAGUCUAUUCAGGCCCAGAAGAGCUCAGAAUAUGAAAGGAUUGAAAUUCCCAUUCAUGUUGUGCCCCAUGAAACCAUUGGGAAAGUGUGUCUGGAAUCAGCUGUGGAGCUGCCCAAGAUCCUUUGCCAAGAAGAGCAGGAUGCCUACAGGAGAAUUCACAGCCUCACCCAUCUUGACUCUGUAACCAAAAUCCAUAAUGGCUCAGUGUUCACAAAGAACCUCUGCAGCCAAAUGUCUGCCAUCAGUGGGCCCCUGCUGCAGUGGCUCGAGGACAGACUGGAGCAGAACAAACAGCGUGUGCAGGAGCUGCAGCAGGAGAAAGAACAGCUGCUGGAGGAACUUGCUGCUUUAGAGUGAGGAGGAAAUGCAGACCCUUCAGGAAAGUGAAAUGAAAAAAUCUUUAAGAACUACUCCAGGCUGAAGGGUGGCCCUACAUUGCCUCAGUGAAGGUACUGGCUGUACCUUGCAGCAAAGAGCACAGCUCCAGGAUCAGGACUUUAACUGCCCCAGCUUGGUGCAAAGGAGUGCUGUGUCUGCCAUUCCUGCACUUCUGGCUCAGUGGUGGGGCUGGGCAGCACUUCAAGACUCCUAUUUUGGAGAGCACACACCUAGGGAACCUCUUGUUUCUCCCUCUGCAUUUUGACAGCAGUCCUACUGCUUUCCAUGUAUUCCAGGAGCCUGGAACAGGACGGUUAGAGGGGAAAAGUGUGUCCCUGCUGUCAUAUCCGAUGCUGCCAUCUUCUGCUUUCUCUUAGUAGCUUCAGUUGACCAUGAUGUUAUAUCUAGUAAUGUUCAGGAUCACUGCUCAUUCACCCAGGCAGGUAGAAGGUGGGAGGGAAGCUUGGGAACAGACCUGGAAGAUCCUUGACAUCUGUGUUCAGCAUAUGUCAAACCAAAUAAAGACCUCCAAAGCUAGAGCUGUUGGGAGUAGAAAUGAAAUGAA